UGGAGUCGUCAUUUUUAUUUUAUCUGGUACGGGUAAGUGCGUGUAAGAAGACUUCGUUCAGGACCCAAAUUUUGCUGAGACCUCAAUUUCUUGUUGAAGUGAAGAUGAUUCGUCUCUUUCUGGCCGUGUUAAUGAUAUCUGGGAUGACAUUUUCAGUGUCGUUUGGCCAAAAAGCCAACAAGAGAAAUAGGCCUGCUCGUUCAUGUCUCGAUCACCUGAAAAGAGGUGAAACUGGAUCCCAGGUCUUAACCAUCACGACGUCAAAUGGACCACAACAAGUAUUGUGUGACUUUAAGUCUGAACCUGGCUCGGCCUGGACACUAGUGUUGUCCCAUCAGAUGGAAUAUCGACAUAAAGAUACCAUCGCUCCUUUCAAGCAGCCCUUGAACACGAACCUCCCGGUCAACGAAAAGUCCCCCAACUACAACGUGUACCGUAUGACGCUUGACCAGAUGACCAACAUCAAGUCCAAUUCCACCCAUUGGCGCGUUACCUGUAAUGGUGCUUGGGUAGACUAUCGUGAUUACCUACGUGUUCGUUUCGCUGACUUGGACCCCUUGACCUUCAUGGGUUCAGGUGUGUGUAAGAAAGUCGAGUACAUUAAUGUUCGUGGUCACGUAGGUAUUGAAGUCACAGUUCCAUUCUGGCAGCUGGCCAAUAACAAUUAUAACGAAAUCCUCCAUCAUGACAGCAGCGCAAGUCGUUGUUCAUUUGGUGCAACUCCAGGUUACAUUUCCAGUGAAGACAACUUUGGUCUGUAUCGGUUUAUCAACCCAAAGUUCAGAUGCUCAGCGAGUGAAUCUUCGACUUCAAGCAUGUGGUUCGGUGCCUAUUUGUAAUCAGGGCUUGAAUUCUUCUGAACGGAAACAUCAAUUUACGAAAUGAAAAAUUAAAAUUAACAUAACUCAGUUGAAUGAUCAAUGUAACGGCACGUAUGACAAUCUAGAUUUUAAAUGUUGCAUUGUUAAUUCUCUAAAUGAAACUAUACAAUUAAAUAACAAGCAGGGAAAAAAG